AUGAUGCGAGGAGAGUGUGACAUGUUUGUUGAAGUCACGAUGAUGAUGGAAUCGCCAAGUGGUGGCCAAGCUGAUGGUAGAAGACAGGGAGAAACAUACUUUCAGAUUAUGGGACUGUCAACUGAGAAGCCACUAGUCAAGAUUAAUGGGCAUUUGUUCACAGGACAGUUCACAGACACCCUUGGUUCACAUUUGUUUUUGGAAGUGGAGGACUGGACUGACUCUUCACAAAGAAACAGCAAGCAGAUCAAGUCUGUGACUGUCACUAACACAUAUCUCAAACUGGAGCCUGUUUACUUGGAUUCGAAAAGAGAUGCUGA